AUGAUCCCAGAAAAGCAGAUCCCAACAAAAGCAUUUGUGGUUGAAAAAGCCGGUGCCCCAUUCACACUUCAAGACGUUGUUCUAGACGGAGUGCGAUCAAAUGAAGUCCUUGUCGAGAUGAAGUAUACAGGCCUGUGCCACACAGAUAUCGUCGUCCAACAAGGUGCUAUUCCAGUCGGCGACUUCCCAGCCGUGUUAGGCCACGAAGGCGCAGGAAUCGUGCGUCGCAUCGGCAGUGGCGUCAAGGACAAGUCCCUCCGCGAAGGCGAUCUCGUCUUCCUAAGCUUCGCCUCUUGCCACGGGGAAACAUGCUAUCCUUGCAACGACGGGCGAAAUGGCUUCUGUGAUCAAAUAACACUCCUCAACUUUGGUGGUGCUCGAGGCCCCAAUGCCGCCGACUCACCUAUCUCUUUUCCUGGUGGAAAAGGCCCACUGCGCGGCCAGUUCUUCGGCCAAUCUUCUAUGAGCAAGUUGGCUAUUGUGACUGAGCAUUCGGUUGUCAAGGCUACGCCUGGUUCUGGCGUUACCGUGGAGGAUAUGGCUGUCCUGGCUCCGCUGGGUUGUGGAUAUCUCACUGGUGCAGGUACUGUCUUCAAUGUUCUCAAGCCAAAGCCCAAGAGUAAAUUCGUUAUCUUUGGUAUGGGUGCCGUGGGAUUGGCAGCUUUGUUGGCUGCACGGUCUCAGGGCGUGGAGAAUGUUAUCGCGGUUGAUCUUGUUGAUGCUAAGCUUGAGCUGGCCAAGUCUCUUGGUGCGUCCCAUACUGUGAACACGAAGAAUAUCCCUGAUCUCAAGGCUCACUUGCUUGAGCUCUUCCCUGAGGGUGUUCACCGUGUGCUGGAUACAACUGGUGUUACUCCUUUGCUUCAGGUUGGUAUUGACUCGCUUGGUCAUGAGGGUAUCUUGGCUAUUGUCGGUGUUGCUCGUCCUGGUUCGACUCUUAACAUUGAUCCCCUGUCAUUGAUGAUGGGAUGUAAGAGAGUUGUCGGUGCUAUUGAGGGCUGCGCAGAUCCUGCUACGCUUGUUCCCCAGUUGAUUGAACUAUACAAACAAGGGAAGUUCCCCGUUAAUAAGCUUGCCAAGAUCUAUACCCCGGAUACUUUUGAGCAAGCCAUGCACGAUUUACACGCUGGCACUGUGAUCAAGCCCAUCAUCAAGUGGGAAGACCAGUAA